AUGCCGCCGCAACAACCACGGCGUAUCCUUGAAAAGUCCCGGACAGUGCGCCGACGAUACCAACGCUCGAACAAACGCUUCGAAUUCAGCGCCUCGCAAAUCCAGCGGAUUGAAAGGGAAGAAGAGCGAGAAAAGAAAGCCAAACAGCUCCGGGAACGGGAGAAAAAGAAGUUGGCGAAUCAGAAGAAGAAAGCCGAAAAGGAGACUAAAGAGCGCGAGGAGAGGAGACGGCUGGGGAUUCCGGAUCCGACUUCGUGCAAGAUUCCGGCUAGUCAGCCUUUGUUGGUGAAUUUCUUUGGCGCGGGGAAGAGGAAUGGGGAUGAGGUGAAGGAGCAACCUGAAGCGGACACGGAGGAUUCUGCGGCGACGCAGGAGAGUGAAGCUUCGGAGGAACAGGAAUUGAUUGAAGUUACGGAAGAUGACAGGAAGCAAGAAAGUAUUUCUCCUCUACAGAAGGAAGAGCCAGAUGUUAUGAUGCACCAGCAGGAAGCCCAACAAUCCGACAAGACAGACGAUACGGCUAAGUGUACAUCAGAAGAGUUCAGCGACCUUGCAACCGAACUUGGAGAUGACUGGCUGGAUGAUGUCGACCUUGAACAGCACAUGGCAAGCAUAGAAAACAGCCAGAAAAGCUUGACUUCUUCUGCGGCGACACACAACGAUGACCAGCCAACGGAACCGGCGCAAACUGCGAUGAAUAACUGGGCCGGGAUGACUGAGUCUUUUGAAGAUGAUACUUCUCUGAUGCUUCAGAGUCUUGAUCCUACUGUCUUUGAGAGGUUUGAGACUCAGCAGCCUAUAUUAGAUUUGAAUGAGGUCAAUAAGACGGCUACGUCUUCCCUGUCAGUGUCGUCGAACGUUGGAACUCAUAACGCUCAAUAUGAGAACCAUCGAGCCAAUUUUUUGACUCCAACGAACUUCAGAAAUGCUUCACCCGUUGCCAAUUUGCAAACAACAACCUGUCAGCCUCCACGUGAGUUCACAACACAGAGCCAGCAAUUUGCUCAGGAGCGGCAAUUGAGAACCACUGCCACUACUUGCAAUAUGAGGACCCCAUUAAUCCACAAUAGCCCCUCUCGAGGAACUUUCAAAAAGCCAGCAGUAGCAGCCUCUAUACAACCAAGGGGACAUCUUCACUUCUCACCGAAGAAAUCCCUCCACCAUAGUACCAAGAUCAAUGCCAUUCAGAAAGUAUAUCCUCAGUCACACUUUGAUGCUGAAGAUGAAUUCGGCGAUUUGCCUCUAUCUACGCAGGACGUAAGGGACCUCGAUAGUAUGGUUGGCCUUGGUUGA